CAAUGAGGAAAUUCCCAACCAGAAUGUUUAUCUCGUUGGACUCGAAGGCAUAUUCUAUUUUCUUUCGUCUGAAUCGCGUCUCGGAAUUCCUGCUUACGAUUUGGUGACAGUUUUACCAAAGAAUUAGGAGACAUGCUGAUAAAACAUGUCCCAAGGUCGUCUUUUAUUUUGUUGUCUCAACGUGAGGCGGCUGUUGACUUCUCAGAAACCAGUGGAAAUUCCCUUUGUUAAUCAUACUACAAUGCAACCAAAUAAACAAAUAUCAGAAGUCAUCAUGAAAACAGAGUCACAUGAUAUUAAACAAGAAGUCCAAGAAGUACCUGCUCAUUCUUCUGAACAAUCGGAAAGAAGCAACUGUAUAUCGACAGUAAAAGGAACAGCUGAAGAAAUUCCAGGACGAGGACCACCCCCUGAAUUACCCCAACACUGCUGCAUGAGCGGCUGCUACAAUUGUGUGUGGAUAGACUAUGCAGAAAAAUUGACAGAGUAUUAUCAGGACGAAGGAAAGCAUGCACUUGAAGCUGUUGACAAAAUAGAAGACAUGACAGUGAGAGCGUUCAUUAAAAUGCACCUUUGA